UGAUCGUGUGGCCUGUAACUGUCCGAAAGAUUUCCUUCGAUUAUUCUCUCUCUCGAUCGAACUCUCCCGAGAGAGAGCCACGUUGUCGUUAAAUUAUCGCUCUCAUACCCGCUACUCGGUUGCACACCGAUUAUGGAUUCUUGCGUUCUUAAUGUGCAGGGUUGUUCUACAUAUUCUGUUGGUAGAAAAUACAAUGAGAAGAGGCUGCUCACCUCUAGCUUUAAACAGUUCAUUCAUCUGAACGACAGACAGCACCAAUUUCAGAAAUCGUUGUUGCCAUCCAUUCCAAAACACUCGUCUGUCACCGUCUUUGCUAAAGCUGAUAGGCAGGGUUGGGAUUUUGGUAGAUUUUUAAAGACACUGUACUUUUUUAACGGGCCACCCUCUCCUGCUAAGUUUUUUGAGUUCAUUCUGGAGAAGCUUUCAAGUUCAACAACAAGUGAGCCAAUUAAGAAAAUGAAAAAUAACGAAGUGAUCCUCGUAGCUGGAGCCACUGGUGGUGUAGGAAAAAGAGUAGUUGACAUUCUACGCAAGAAGGGUCUGCCGGUUCGCAUCCUGGUCAGGAAUGCCGAAAAAGCCAGGGCUAUGUUUGGAUCAGAUGUUGACGUGAUAGUUGGAGACAUUACGAAGGCAGAGACACUUUCUCCAGAAUAUUUCAAGAGCGUGAAAAAAGUCAUAAAUGCAGUCUCUGUCAUUGUUGGCCCAAAGGAAGGGGACACUCCUGACCGGGCAAAAUACAACCAAGGGAUCAGGUUCUUUGAGCCAGAGAUAAAAGGUGAUUCUCCUGAAAAGGUGGAGUACGAUGGAAUGAGAAACUUGAUCAAUGCAGUGAAGCAUGGUGUCGGAUAUCGAAACGGGAAACUUAUAUUUGGAUUUAAAGAUGGCAUGUCUGGAGGGCUUGCAUGGGGUGCUCUAGAUGAUGUUGUUAUGGGAGGUGUAAGUGAAAGUACAUUUCAGAUCAAUCCAAAUGGUGGUGAACUGGAUGGUGCAACAGGGAUUUUUAAAGGACGUGUUUCCACUGCCAACAAUGGUGGAUUUACAAGUAUCAGGACAAAGAACUUCCCUGUACCUCUAGAUCUUUCUGCCUAUGAUGGUUUGGAACUCCGACUCAAAGGUGAUGGUUGCCGUUAUAAACUUAUUUUGCGCACCAGCUCUGAAUGGGACACAGUGGGAUAUACUGCAAGCUUCGACACUGUAAAUGGAGAAUGGCAAAAUGUCCAGGUGCAGUUUGCUUCUUUGAGACCUAUAUUUCGUGCACGGACUGUAAAAGAUGCUCCACCAUUUGAUCCAAGUAGAGUUAUAUCAUUGCAGCUUAUGUAUAGUAAGUUUGAAUAUGAUGGAAAACUGAAUCCCACAUUUAAGGAAGGUGAAUUUCAGCUCCCUCUUACAAGUAUAAGAGCAUAUAUUCAGGAUCCUGUCAAGCCAAGGUUUGUUCAUGUGAGCUCUGCUGGUGUUACUCGGCCUGAAAGGCCUGGACUUGAUUUAACGAAGCAGCCUCCUGCUGUACGCUUGAAUAAGGAGUUGGGUUAUAUUCUUACAUUUAAAUUGAAGGGAGAAGAUUUGAUACGAGAGAGUGGUUUUCCAUACACAAUCAUAAGGCCUUGUGCACUGACUGAAGAGCCUGCCGGCGCUGAUCUCAUUUUUGACCAGGGCGACAACAUAACAGGAAAGAUAUCGAGAGAAGAGAUUGCUCGCAUGUGUGUUGCUGCUCUUGAAUGUCCAGCUGCACUCAACAAGACAUUCGAGGUCAAAAGUGUUGUUCCAUUUAGUGAACCUUUCACCGUGGACCCAAACAACCCUCCUGCCGAGAAGGAUUAUGACGUCUACUUCAAGAAUUUGAAGGAAGGUAUUACAGGGAAAGAAGACUUGGAGGCCCCUGUAACAGCAUGACUCCCAUAUAAUUUUACUCCAUCAUCUGAAAAUACAUGUGAACUAUCUUGAGCACAGUUGCCUCUAUGAGGCAUGCAUGGUGUAACCAUUGCGUCCCUGGCAUGCAUGUGAUAUAUCAUGUAUAGUGCUUUGUAUUUUAGUACAGAUAAAACUCAAUUCAGGAGAGCCUUUUUGUAUAUGCUGUAAAGAUACUAAAGCUUUCUAAUGCUUACUGCAUGAUGUUUUUGGGUGAUUUAA